AGUGGGUUUUUCAGCCGGCGGUGAACGAGACAGCGUUCGGCUUUAGGGUUGCGAAAGAGGAGGAGCACCGGUUUUAGAUAUCCCCGUUCUCGUCCUCCCCUUCUUUUAUUGUUAGGGCUAGGGUUUGCUCUGCACGAGAAUUUUUCCUUUUUCUUUACCCGGUUCUUCGAAUCGAUCGUGGAGGUGGAGCUACCCCACUCGCACAUGGAUCGGCGACCCAGAAAGAAGCUGAGGUUGGGCUGGGAUGUCGGCCCCCAGGACCUUAAGGAUCAGAUAGGAAUGUUAUGUGGGCAAGGAGUUGGAGAAGUGACAAGCUUGGUGUCUUCGGGGUCUCCUUCAGACCAUGCUAGUUCUUCUCAGUAUGCAAAGGGAGUGGCUCGAUAUGCUUCCCCCCCUUGGAGAGAAGAUGAUAAAGAUGGACAUUACAUGUUUGCACUUGGAGAGAAUUUGACCUCUCGCUAUAAGAUUCACAGUAAAAUGGGUGAAGGAAAGCAUUUAUUGACCAGUCGGGUCAGAAUCUUCCAAUUGUACAUAUGUACAUUUGGUCAGGUUUUGGAAUGUUGGGAUAGUGAAAGGAAAGAAAUGGUAGCAAUUAAAAUUGUCCGUGGCAUUAAGAAGUAUCGGGAGGCUGCCAUGAUAGAGAUUGACAUGCUCCAACAGCUUGGGAAAUGUGAUAAGAAUGGGAGUCGUUGUGUGCAAAUAAGGAACUGGUUUGACUACCGUAACCAUAUCUGUAUUGUCUUUGAGAAGCUUGGGCCAAGCUUAUAUGAUUUUCUGCGGAAAAAUGGUUUUCGCUCAUUUCCCAUCGAUCUAGUGCGUGAUCUUGCCGGACAACUGUUGGAAUGUGUAGCAUUUAUGCAUGAUUUGCGCCUCAUUCACACUGAUUUAAAGCCUGAGAAUAUCCUUCUUGUUUCGCCAGAGUACAUUAAAGUACCCGACUACAAAGUUUCAAUCAGCCCUCCAAAGGAUGGUUCCUUUUUCAGGUUGUUGCCCAAAUCAAGUGCUAUCAAGGUAAUAGAUUUUGGAAGCACAACCUAUGAUCACCAAGACCACCGUUAUGUUGUAUCCACAAGGCAUUAUCGGGCUCCUGAGGUUAUCUUGGGACUUGGAUGGAGCUAUCCCUGUGAUAUAUGGAGUAUUGGUUGUAUUAUUGUUGAACUUUGCUCAGGGGAAACACUAUUUCAGACCCAUGAGAACUUGGAGCACUUAGCCAUGAUGGAGAGAGUAUUAGGACCUUUGCCUCAGCACAUGCUGAGAAGAGCUGACCGGCAUGCUGAAAAAUUUGUUAGAAGAGGUCGCUUGAACUGGCCUGAGGGUGCAACCUCAAGGGAGAGCAUACAGGCUGUUUGGAGACUUUCUCGGCUUCAGAACCUAGUAAUGAAGCAUGUGGACCAUUCAGCAGGGGAUCUUAUUGAUCUCUUACAAGGCCUUCUCAGAUACAACCCUGAAGAGAGGUUGACAGCUCGCGAAGCUCUGAGGCAUCCCUUCUUCACCAGGACUUGUCUUCUGAGGUCAUAGUCAUGUUAAGCAUGUGAUGUAAGAUGUUUGCAUCAGACCAGUGUUCCGGUUUCUGAUGCACCAAAGAAACACAGAGUAGAAACUGGAAAUGGGUAGCGUGUCUCAGCUGUUUUCCUAGUGCUAAAAAUUGUACGUUCAUGUAACCUGACUGCAAAUGAGUCACUGAGUUGUGACUUGCAACGACAACGUCUGCCCUUGCAACCACUUAUGUUCCCGGACGAGUGGUACCUGUAAAAUCAUGUAUAGCAGAUAUGGACAACUAACAAUAUGAACUCCACAUGCCAAAUUUGUACGUCACUUGAAGAAUUUGUUUGCCCAACUAAAUAGAAUUGCUGAAGUCAAUAGAAUUGCAAACUCUAUUUCUUAUA